AUGAGGAUGCGAUUGGUCCUGAUAGUUGUACCCCUCGCCCUCCUCCCCUUACCCCUUUCUGUGCCAACCCCAGCUGGAAAAUGUGCAUAUGGGAUAAUGAUAAUGGCAUUUUAUUGGAUGACGGAGGCAAUCCCAAUGGCUGUAACAGCAUUGUUACCCAUUGUUAUCUUUCCAUGGUUGAGUGUCUUAGAUACUAAAAAAGUCUGCGAGAACUAUUUCAAGGACGCCAACAUGCUAUUUUUUGGUGGGCUGAUGGUGGCAGUAGCCGUGGAAAAGUGGAAUCUGCACAAGAGAAUUGCUCUCAGAGUUCUCAUGCUUGUCGGUUCGAAACCAUGCUGGCUUUUCUUCGGCUUCAUGUCGACCACAGCCUUCCUAAGCAUGUGGAUAAGCAACACAGCGACAACGGCGAUGAUGAUACCAAUCGCCCAGGCAGUACUCAACGAACUAGAGAGCCACAUAAAAAAGGCCAAGGGGGUUAAAAAGAACCUCAGAAACGAUGACAAGAUAAACAGAUGGUUCGAAGAGGUUGGUAAAGGAAUGAGACUGAGUAUAGCGUACGCGGCAAACAUUGGAGGGACUGCCACUUUGACGGGGACCGGCCCGAAUUUGGUUCUUAAGGGUCAAUUAGAUGUGUCGGGAGAGACGGGUUCCGGAAUAAACUUCAGUUCCUGGUUUGUGUUUGCAUUCCCGAAUAUGAUUCUGUCAUUGUUCCUUGCCUGGUUGUGGCUUAUGCUUCUUUUUCUUGGUUUCAAUGACGUCAUAAAGAAAGAGUACGCAAAAUUAGGAAAAAUGAGUUUCGCAGAGGCAGUCAUCUUAUUAUUAUUCAUCCUCCUUGCUCUGCUGUGGCUAACCAGGCACCCGGAAUUCGUUCCUGGCUGGGGAAGCCUUUUAGUCCCGUUUGGUUGGGUGACUGACUCUUGCGUGGCGGUGACAGUAGCAGUCUUGCUUUUCAUGCUGCCUUCAAGAUGUCCUUCAUUUCUCAGGUUCAACUGCAGGCGAGCGCAGAACAAAAAACGCGGCGACGUUGAAAUUAACAUUGUUCCAGCCUUAUUGGAUUGGCCCACUGUACAUAGCAAUAUUCCCUGGAACGUUCUAUUGCUGUUAGGAGGGGGGUUCGCCAUGGCUGAAGCAUGCAAAGAAUCGGGUCUCUCACAGGUCAUAGGUCAAUUUUUCAUCUCCCUCAACUACCUACCAAGGUGGGGUCUUGUAUUUAUUUUGAGCACUCUGACCGCGGGCUUCACGGAAGUGACGAGCAAUGUGGCCACAGCUACUAUCUUCCUGCCCAUUCUUGCUCAGCUGGCCACCACGCUGUCAAUCAAUCCCCUCUACCUCAUGGUGCCCGUUACGAUAUCAGCUUCAUUCGCGUUCAUGCUGCCUGUAGCCACACCACCGAACGCUAUUGUGUUUGCCUAUGGAAAGAUGAAGAUACUGGAUAUGAUGAAAGCUGGAAUAAUACAAAACGUCGUCUGCUUGCUGACCCUUCAACUGGCCAUCAACACCUGGGGUAGGGCCUACUUCAACUUGGAUCAGUUCCCCGAUUGGGCCGGCUGCGGCUUCAAAUGCACGUCGAACUUCACGGAAACAUUCACAAUCGGGCCUGAGUCAAGAGAUUUCGUUAAUGUGUUUUAUAAACGGCAACAAUAA